CUUCAACUCCCGAUUCCUCAUUUUUGCUGUCGCAACUCCAGAGCACUGAGCCCGUGCUCGUCCCAGCUCAGACAGGAGAGCUCCGGUCAACCUUCACGUCUCCUCAGUCGACGGCAUGGCCGCUUAUGAAGAAGUGAACGUCCGCGGAUACGAGGAGUUCUGUGAGGCGGUGUCUGGGAGGAAAGGGAAGGAUAUUUUCGCGUAUUUCUCCGGCAACAAAGACGCCGAGGGAAAGAGCUGGUGUCCAGAUUGUGUGAAAGCUGAGCCAGUUGUGAGAGGGCAGCUGACUCAUCUGCCUGAGGGCUCCGUCUUCAUUUACUGUCAAGUUGGAGAUAGACCAUAUUGGAAGGAUCCAAACAAUGACUUCAAGAAGACCCUGAAGUUGACUGGAGUUCCCACUCUGCUGCGAUACGGCACACCUCAGAAGCUGGUGGAGGAGGAGUGCUUCAAGCCAGACCUGGUAAAGAUGAUGUUCACUGAAGACUGAACGGUCCUCGGCUCAUAAAGGUCCAACAUUUCUUCACAAAUCAACCGAUUACGUCGCUUCAUUCAAGCAUGGAGUUCAGACCCAUUUCUGACCUCCGUAUAAAUUGGUGCAACUGAAUUGCUAGCUGCGUUCUUACAAAAACAACCAGUCUGUCGCAUGCAGCUCCCCGAUUCGUUGUUCAGUGGAAUUGCUUUGAAGGAUCUGUUUCUUAUAAAUACACACUAAUUGUUGAUUCAAAAAGCAACUAGAGAUUUUUAUAUUGUGAUCAUUUUUUCCAUUGCUUUGCAAUUGAACUUAAAUAAAAGAAAACAUUUGAUCUUGAA